AAGAGCAAAAGUGCCUAUCGCUUAACCCAACAACCGUUCGGAGGAGCCCUGAAGAGAACGACGUCGCAUCCGCCAUUUUCUCCAUCCUUGAAGCAAUAGCUUCUUCUCUCUCUCUCUCUUAAUGUUUUUCUCGAUUUCUAGGGUUUCUCUUCCUCUACUUCAGGCCGUUUCCUAGAGCUCGAUACCGUAGAUCCCACCUGUGGAGAAGGCGAACUGUUCGGUUCGCUUCGUAACAUUGUGUGUUUUCGGAGUAUUUGAUCCUUGAAGCCCUGGAGAUUCCUGUAUGGAUCCAGUAGAAAUUGUGGUUUCGGGGCCAAUUACGCCUGGCCAGAUUUCGUUUCUGCUUGGAGUUAUCCCUGUCCUGAUAGCAUGGAUAUACUCAGAAUAUCUGGAGCACAAGAAAUCUGUGUUACACCCUAAAGUUCAUUCAGAUAAUAAUUUGGUUGAACUAGGAGAAGUGACCAACAAGGAAAAUGAAGGAGCUGUUUUACUGGAAGGAGGCCUUGCAAGAUCAGCCUCUUCAAAGUUAUCUAGUUCAUCCAUUAAAACGAACUUGAUUAGGUUUCUGACUCUGGAAGACUCUUUCUUGCUUGAAAAUCGAGCAACCCUGAGAGCAAUGGCUGAGUUUGGAGCAAUUCUUUUGUAUUUUUAUAUUUGUGACCGAACAAGUUUGCUUGGCAACUCUAAAAAGAGUUACAACCGGGACCUUUUCCUCUUUCUCUACCUUCUUCUCAUCAUUGUGUCAGCCAUGACGUCCUUGAAGAAACACACUGAUAAGUCGCCUAUAACGGGAAAAUCCAUUCUGUAUCUUAAUCGUCACCAGACUGAAGAGUGGAAAGGGUGGAUGCAGGUUCUGUUUCUGAUGUAUCACUACUUUGCUGCGGCUGAGAUUUAUAAUGCAAUCAGGAUCUUCAUCGCUGCCUAUGUGUGGAUGACCGGAUUUGGCAAUUUCUCUUAUUACUAUAUCCGAAAGGAUUUCUCCCUUGCACGAUUUACUCAGAUGAUGUGGCGGCUUAACUUUUUCGUGGCAUUUUGUUGCAUUGUUCUCAACAAUGACUAUAUGCUCUACUAUAUCUGUCCGAUGCACACUCUAUUCACUCUAAUGGUGUAUGGAGCCCUCGGUAUCUUCAGUCAGUAUAACGAAAUAGGAUCAGUGAUGGCUGUGAAGAUUGCUUCAUGCUUCCUUGUGGUUAUCUUGAUAUGGGAAAUCCCCGGAGUUUUCGAGAUUUUUUGGGGUCCAUUGACAUUAUUUCUGGGGUACACGGAUCCUGCUAAGCCAGAUCUUCCGCGUCUACAUGAAUGGCAUUUCAGAUCAGGACUUGAUCGAUACAUAUGGAUCGUCGGGAUGAUAUAUGCGUACUUCCAUCCCACCGUCGAGAGAUGGAUGGAGAAACUAGAGGAAUGUGAUGCCAAGAGAAAGAUGUCAAUCAAGACCAGCAUUGUCGUGAUUGCCUCGUUUGUCGGUUACCUUUGGUAUGAAUACAUCUACAAGCUGGACAAGGUUACAUACAAUAAAUAUCAUCCCUACACAUCAUGGAUUCCGAUCACUGUAUACAUUUGUCUUCGGAAUUGCACACAGCAGCUUCGUAGCUUUUCACUGACGCUCUUUGCGUGGCUCGGCAAGAUUACUCUGGAGACCUAUAUUUCUCAGUUUCACAUCUGGUUAAGAUCGAACGUUCCUGACGGGCAACCUAAGUGGCUACUGUCCAUUAUCCCGGAAUACCCUCUGCUCAACUUCAUGCUCACGACCGCCAUCUACGUCUUGGUGUCUCACCGGCUCUUUGAGCUCACCAAUACAUUAAAGACGGUCUUCAUACCGACGAAAGACAACAAGCGGCUUCUCCACAACGUCCUUGCAGGCGCUGCAAUCUCGUUCUGUUUAUACUUCAUCGCUCUCAUUCUUUCCCAGAUCCCGCAUUGACUCGGAGGAAGCUACAAACUCUGGAAAUCAUUCAUUACCUUAAAUCUGCACAGGAAACCGGAAAAAAAAAACUCACACGUUCCUAUUGAAAAUAAGUUGGUGAUUUUCGAAGCUUGCAAAAGUGAAGAAUCUUCCGACGAUAUCGAGUCGGAGUGUUCGUCGAAAUAUCGGCUGAGGAUGCUGGCAUUCGGACAGGAACUUACAGCAUUUAGGACAGAUCCUUUGAAGCUUGCUUUCAUUUUCUUAUCUGUUGUAUUUGGCUCAAGUUCUAUAUAUAUAGUUCUUUUUUUUUAAACUUUUUAAGAGUUGUAGAUUGUCACAUUAUCAUCAAUCAUAUGAUCAAUUAAAAGGGAAUUUUUUUUCCUUCAAAUUUCUGAACCAUCACAAACAAGAUAUAUCACUCACUCUUUUCUCAUGUUUUCUCUUACAGAACAGCCACAAGACCAAAUUCAUCCUCUCUCA